UUUCUUUGAUUAAAUAGGCUCUAGGCCACCUUUCCAAGAAGACUCCCUGCUGUGUUCAGACUCAUUCCUAGACAGUUGAAACCUCAGAUUCUCUCUCCAAGAUGCAUCUCAGUGCUGCAAAUCACCGAAUACCUCUAAGUGAUGGAAACAGCAUUCCUAUUAUUGGACUUGGUACCUUCUCAGAACCUCAGUGGACCCCUAAGGGGGUCUGUGCAACAUCGGUGAAGGUUGCCAUCGACACAGGGUACAGACACAUUGACGGGGCCUACAUCUACCUAAACGAGCACGAAGUCGGGGAGGCCAUCCAGGAGAAGAUAGCAGAAGGAAAGGUGCAGAGGGAGGACAUCUUCUACUGCGGAAAGCUGUGGGCUACAAAUCAUGAGCCAGAGAUGGUCCGCCCAACCCUGGAGAGGACGCUCAAAAUCCUCCAACUAGAUUAUGUGGAUCUUUACAUCAUUGAAAUACCCAUGGCCUUUAAGCCAGGAGAUAAACUAUAUCCAAAAGAUGAGAAUGGCAAAUGGUUAUAUCACAAGUCAAACCUGUGUGCCACUUGGGAGGCUUUGGAAGCUUGCAAAGAUGCUGGCUUGGUGAAAUCCCUCGGAGUAUCCAAUUUUAACCGCAGGCAGCUGGAGCUCAUCCUGAACAAGCCAGGACUCAAACACAAGCCAGUCUGCAACCAGGUUGAGUGCCACCCAUAUUUCACCCAGCCAAAACUCUUGAAAUUUUGCCAACAACAUGAAAUUGUCAUUGUUGCAUAUAGCCCUUUGGGGACCUCUAGGAAUAAAACCUGGGUGAAUUUGUCUUCUCCACCUUUGUUAAAGGAUGAACUUCUAAACUCAUUAGGAAAAAAGUACAAUAAGACAGCAGCUCAAGUUGUUUUGCGUUUCAACAUCCAGCGAGGGGUGGUUGUCAUUCCCAAAAGCUUUAAUCCGGAAAGGAUCAAGGAAAACUUUCAGAUCUUUGAUUUUUCUCUCACUGAAGAAGAAAUGAAGGACAUUGAAGCGUUAAAUAAAAAUAUCCGAUUCGUGGAAAUGCUCAUGUGGUCUGAUCACCCCGAAUAUCCAUUCCAUGAUGAAUACUGACUUCAGAGAGUUCCUGGGCAGAUUUUUCCCUCUCAUGUGUGCCAGACCUUUGGGAUGGGUAGUUCCCAAGGAUGUGGAAAUGAAAGGGGUUUUACUAUCCUCAAAGUGGUAAUAGAAGCAUGCUUAAUUUUUGUGUAGUGUACGUGACUUUAGCUCAGCCACGUUGAAGAAAAAAAUGUUUAAAUCUGUUGAAAUAAUUCUUGAAAAAUUAUCAGCUAAUAUUUUAUUAGAUCAAUGUCUUCUAGGCUCCAGACAGGAAAACAUUAGACUUUAGAAAAGACUUCAAAAGCAACAUACGAAGACAAGUGACUCAUGAAUAUGGGUACUACCACUGGCAGUUCACAAGACAACAAAAAGGGUGGAGAGCUAGCUUGUGGCAGUGUGCUGCCAAUGGCCUUGAUGUCUGAACCAUCUAUUGUAUCACAAACACAGACAAGAUAAAGUACACUGUGCAUUAUUAACAAGGAAGUGAUUUGCUGCACCUUGAGUAGAGAGAGAGGGUUAAGUGUAGAAAAGUCUUAAAAUAAAGGCAAUUAAACACCACAGUGUCCAGCAAAGCCAUAAUGAUUUUGUUGUUUGUUUCCAUCCAAUGUGUGUUUGUUUAGCUUUUACCCAGCUUGAAGGAUGGAUACUUCCUGGUUCUCUUGCAUCCUUAAAGGGCCUGAGUUUCCACAUGACUGGCAUCCAUACUUGUGCUGUCUUAUCACUCUUGCCCAC